UGUGUUUGGCUCGGUUCGUUUCAUGGAAGCCGGCGACUGCGUCGUGUCGGCGGCCCGGGCCGUGCUGGACCUGCUGGAGCGGGAGUGGCAGCCGCUCUCAGAGGUCGAGCUGGACCAGCGGCUGGACCAGGCGGUGGAAGAGCUCCUGGAAGCUGAGCUGCUGAGGACGGUCCAGACGAGCCCCGCGCGUGUGCAGCUGCAGCAGGUCGGAACUCUCCGGAGACCGCGGAGCUCACGCGCUGACACGGUGGGACGGCGGAGCGGACAAGAGAGGACCGAGCGCGGGGGACCGCCGGCUGCUGACGAUGCUGCGGUCCAGCACGUGGCAGCGUUGAUCGAGGGCACCAAGGCUCAGGCUCGGAUGAGUGGACGAGCUCGCCUGACUGUGAUGCAGGCGCUGAACGUCCGUCUGUCGCUCACGCUGCUGAGGGAGCGUGUCAGCUACCGCAGCGUCUCCACCCGCUUCCAUGUGGAGAAAGGAAACAUCCACCGGAUCUUCUCGUCCUUCUGUCAGAGUGUCAUCACGCUGGCAGAUCAGAAGAUCAGGUGGCCCGUGGGUCAGGAGGCUGCUGAGCUGAUGCAGCCACUCCACCAUCUCCUGGAAAAGGAGGGAGAUCAAGUCGCUCCUCGGGUCCUGGGAGUCCUGGGACACACCCGGAUUCCUCUUCGCUGGCCUGCAGGUAAACACUUGGACCUCCAGGAGCCUUCACUGAAGAGACCCGAGGGAGACCCAGAUUCCUGGAUCUGCCUGGAGCUGGUUUGUGACCACAGAGGGAGAAUCCUCCACUGUCAGGUCAGAGCAGGCUCCGAAGUGGACCGCGGCACCGGCCUGAGCCUCAAGCUAUGUCAGAACCCGGAACUGAUGCCACCUUCUUCCUGCCUUGUAGCAGCUGCCGGGUUUCCCCUCACAACUCAGAUCCUGACCCCGUACCAGGCCUGCCAGGGACCCGUGCAGGAGCUUUUCAACAGAACCCUGGAGCAGCACCUCCACCUCCUGUACCGGACCGUUGCCGGGCUAAAGAGCCGCUUCCGAAGACUGACGUGUCUGGAUGUAGCCAGCUUCAGUCGUGCCAAAGACAUAGCCGUGACUGCCUGCGUGCUCCAUAACGUGUUUCUGGAGGCAGGAGAGGAGGCGCCAGGGGCUGAGGUUGAAGAGGAGGAGGACGCUUGUGAGCCUGGGGAGGAGAGUGAGGAGGGAGCACAGAGACGGAGCGCAAUUGCAGAGCUUUUGUUCCGACUAAACUCAAGUUAGUGCAGGAAGCGAGCGUUGCUUGGGUUGUAGGAGCUGGUAUUCACCUUGUGCAGGAGCUCAUGACACUGCAUGAAAGAGAUUUUUUAAAUAAUUCUUGAUAGUCCUGUUAUUUGAAUUGGUAUAAAGUUUUAUUUACAGUUCUCAGGGGCCACAUGGAAUGAUGUUGCCGGGCAGAUUUGGUCCCCGUGCCGGGUGUUUGACAUCAUUGAGUUGAAAUAAAUGUCAUUUGCGUCCAUGAGUCCCAGUUGAGAGCCCCGUCUACUGUCCGUCCGUGUGACCCUGCGUGCCGCUCCUGUGAGCCAGGCCGGCGAUGGCCUGCGCCAGGUUGUUGAUGGCGUCUAUCUUCCUCUCCUCCAGAGCCUUCUGCUGAGCCCACAUGUUCAUCUUCCUCUCCUGCAGCUCCAUGUACAGCUGCAAAACGUCCUGAGGCGCUCGUGAAGCGCAGGGCGAUGCGGUCACCACCGGAGGGGGUGUGGGGAGGAUGGGGGUGAACCUCUUGCUCGUGACCGCUUGCUCCACUUUGUGCUGCGGUUGGUCCCUGCUCCUCCCCAGGACCUGGUGCAUGGCCUUGAAGAAGGGCCAGUGGACCGCGGCCACGCCCAGCUUCUUCACCCGCUCCCUGUUCUUCCUGUAUGUCGCCAGCAGGUUCCUCCACUUCAGGUCGCACUCGUGCGCGCUGACCGCGACGCUGGUGUCGCUGGACUCGCUGAGUUUGGCGUUGACCUUGUCCGACACCACGUCCCAGAGUUUCUUCUUCUUACACACCGGCUGGUCGAACGCCUGCUCCAUUUCUAGUCGCAUGUUGACGAGGUGCCACGUUGCUUGCAAUGUCCAGAUGAACUCUGAGGGAAACAGAGGGUCAGAUGAGUGGAGGAGAGCCCUGCAGUCCUGAGGCCUUGGUGACCACAGACCAUCCAACAGGUCCAAAGACUGAGCGCCACAGGAGGUCCUUUCUUCCUGUGGCAAUAAAACUAUUACAACUGACAAUUCAUCCCUGUUGGAUUAUUUUUGGUACCUUUUUUUGCAUCUCAAUCUGUUUUUACUUUUGCACAUUGUACAUAGUCCUUCUUUUCCUCUUUCCUACUCUUUUGCAUUUUACGUUGCUAUUUUUGUUGUUUUCAGAGCGUGUUAUGUUUUACCUCAGGAUUAAUGAGGUUUUUCUGAUCCUGGCCGGGCGGGACCAGGAGGGUGGCCCUUCCUCAAUCUCUGUGCAGCAAUGCAAUGGUGUCUCUGAAAGUCGCUGCUCCAGCACAACUACAAAGCCACAGUCACAGGUGGACGGAUGAAGGGCAGAGCAUGAACAAAGUAGGAAGCUCUUAAAUACAGUCAGUUCAAAAUUGAGGACAGAAGCCGA